AUGGGUUGCGGAAUGAGUACUGAGGAUAAGGAGGGGAAGGCCAGAAACGAGGAGAUCGAAAACCAGCUUAAGAGAGAUAAGCUGAUGCAGAGAAAUGAAAUCAAGAUGCUUCUGCUCGGUGCUGGAGAGUCUGGAAAAUCUACCAUCCUGAAACAGAUGAAGCUUAUCCACGAGGGAUCCUACUCACGCGAUGAACGCGAGUCGUUCAAGGAAAUCAUCUUCAGCAACACUGUCCAGUCUAUGCGUGUCAUCCUCGAGGCCAUGGAGAGCUUGGAACUACCGCUCGACGACCAGCGCGCUGAAUACCAUGUACACACCAUUUUCAUGCAGCCAGCUCAGAUCGAGGGUGACUCUCUUCCCCCAGAAGUCGGUGCCGCCAUCGAGGCCCUGUGGAAGGAUGCCGGUGUCCAAGAGUGCUUCAAGCGGUCAAGAGAGUACCAAUUGAACGAUUCUGCCAGAUACUACUUUGACUCCAUUGGCCGAAUUGCCGCUCCAGACUACCUUCCUAACGACCAGGAUGUCCUCCGCUCUCGUGUCAAGACCACCGGUAUCACCGAAACCACCUUCAUCAUCGGCGACCUUACCUACCGCAUGUUCGACGUCGGUGGCCAGCGUUCCGAGCGUAAGAAGUGGAUUCACUGCUUCGAGAACGUUACCACCAUCCUCUUCCUUGUUGCCAUUUCUGAGUAUGACCAGCUCUUGUUCGAAGAUGAAACCGUCAACCGAAUGCAGGAGGCUCUUACACUGUUCGACUCCAUUUGCAACUCGAGAUGGUUCAUCAACACAUCUAUCAUCUUGUUUUUGAACAAGAUUGAUAGGUUCAAGGAGAAGCUACCCGUCAGCCCUAUGAAGAACUACUUCCCUGAUUACGAGGGUGGCGCUGACUACUCUGCUGCUUGCGACUAUAUCCUCAACCGAUUCGUCUCGCUAAACCAAGCAGAGCAGAAGCAAAUUUACACACACUUCACCUGUGCCACUGAUACUACCCAGAUCCGAUUCGUCAUGGCUGCCGUCAAUGACAUCAUCAUACAAGAGAACCUUCGACUCUGCGGUCUCAUAUAA